UAUCACUGCUGGUCAGUCCGGUCCGGACCUAAUGUAGGGCGUUAGGAGUAAUUGUCAUUAUCAAAGGGGUUUUACAAACGCAACACCACAAUUUAUUACCUUAUCGCAUCUUCCUGACACUCUUAAGUCGCAUUCUUCUGAUUUCGUCAUUUCUGAGAUGGAAGAUCAAGAAAACCCUAAAAUCCUCCAAAUCCCAGAUCAAAAUUUGCAAAAGAAGCACCAAAUGAUGCUUGAGCGUCUCUCAAAUCGCCACCAAACUCGUUUAGAAACUCGCAAACUUGAUUCGACUGACUCAACCACCUCCACUUUCCUCUCCCGCUUCAACGACUCCAAAAACUCCAUUAUUUCUCAACUCCAAACCACCACUGACCCUUCUCGUCUGACCGUCAUCUCCGAUGCCAUAUCCACUCUCGAAAAACUCGUCGCCGAGAACUCCUACUCUCUCCCCUCCUACGAAGUCCGAUCAUCUCUCAGAACUAUCUCGGAUUUGAAGCAAAAUCUAGAAAACUUAUCGGCACAGUUGAUCCCCAGAAAGAAAUUUUCAUUCAAAAGCAAACCUACCAGAACCCAAACCCAAAGCCAGAUCUUACAAAAUGAUGUUGUUUCGACACCAAAUGAAACUGAAUUAAAAUUUAAUUUCCCGGUUCGUGAAUCCCCGGGUUUUCGAGAUAAACAAAAUGAAGUAUUGUUCCAAGACUUUAAGUGUUCUGAAAUCGGGGAAUUUACAUUAUCGGGUUUGGACUCGUGUGAGGUGAGAUUGGUAGGCUGUGUUAACGCUUUGUUUUUUAAUAAAUUGAAGGGUUGUAAAGUUUAUGCGGCUCCUGUGACGGGAUCGAUUUUGAUUGAAGAAGUUGAGGAUUGUGUAUUGGUUUUGGCUUCGCAUCAGAUUAGGAUUCAUUUUGCAAAAAGAUGUGAUUUUUAUUUGAGAGUGAGGAGUAGGCCGAUUAUUGAGGAUUGUAAUGGGGUUAGAUUUGGGCCAUAUUGUUUGAAUUAUGAAGGGAUUGAGGAGGAUUUAGAGGCGGCGGGGUUGAUUGAGGAGACAGGGCAAUGGGGUAAUGUGGACGAUUUCAAGUGGUUGAGAGCUGUGCAAAGUCCUAAUUGGUCAGUUCUGCCGGAGGAGGAGAGGGUUGGGACUGUUGAUCUGGCGGAUUUGGGAUGUGGGAAUGAUGCAAGUUAGCUAAAGCUAAGAUCUCGUUUAGGUGAAUUUGAUUUAAUGCUAGGGUACUGAUCAAAGUCCUUUCAUUGAGUCUGGCGGCUUUGAACUUUUGGGAGCAACUGAAAUCUACAGGAUUUGGAAUUUGAUUGCUGUAUUAGGUAAUUUUGAUUUUCUGUGUAGUGCAAAGUAUGGUAAUAAGGAUUUAGUUCUUUAUUCCCUUUCUGAUUUCAAGAGAUGUGACAAAAAAAAGAUGAAUGAUUUGAACUGAUGAAUUAUGGAGAAUAAAAUGGGCAACAUUGUCUCUA